AUGCUUAACCUUCCUUUCAAACAUCCUCUGGAGCAGAUCUCGGCUGCCGAAAUUGAUGUCGCAAGAGAGAGUGUUCUUCAAGCACACCAAACAGCCAUCAUUUUCAGAAAUAUCUACAACAUCGAACCACCAAAAUCUCAACUCAUCAAGUUUCUUGAAGAAGAACACGCGGGAACUUUAUCAGCCAAGACUCAGCCACCAGAUCGUCUGGCCUGUGUUCAAUAUGAUGUUAUCAGCCAGGACAGAAAUCUGUACUACAUGGAGUCAACUAUACACUUAGCUAGCGGUAAAGAGCUUAGCAAUCGUAAGCUCGGAAACAAGCAGCGGCACUCGUUCACGGUGGAUGAAUUUCAAGAAUUCAUUGAUGCAUGUAUUUUGAGUCCUGAAUUUCAACAGGCCGUGAAGAAACUGGAACUCCCAAAAGGAUUCGAAGAAAUUGCGAUCGAUCCAUGGCCCUUUGGUGGUCCCGACGCUACCGACCAAGAUUCUCGCUUGACUCAACUGUUCUGCUUUGCAAGAGACAAGACCAAGCAGAAUGAGGACGCGAACCACUAUGCGUAUCCCUUACCAAUUUGCGUUGUCAUGGAUACAAAUAAGAAGACGGUUGUUAGGGUCGAGAGACUUCCGACUGGGGGUAUACUGGAUGGGUUGCUUCCCGGUAAAGAAUCUCUAGCCAAACCUACCGAACACUGCAACGCAGCUGAGUAUGCCCCCGAGCUACUAGAUGCCCCGAUCCGACAAGAUUAUAACCCCCUCAAUGUCAUCCAACCCGAGGGUGCCUCAUUUUCUGAACGCAAUGGACUUGUGGAAUGGCAAAAAUGGCGAUUUAGAAUUUCAUUUACACCGAGGGAGUGUGCGGUGCUUCACGAUAUACACUAUGAUGGCCGGAGCGUCUUCCAUCGACUUUCCUUCAGUGAGCUAACAGUACCGUAUGCUGACCCAAGGGCACCAUAUCAUCGAAAACACGCUUUCGAUUUUGGAGAUGCUGGCGCUGGUCGUACUGCAAACAACCUUGCCCUUGGGUGUGACUGUCUUGGUGCAGUUAGGUAUAUCGAUGCAAUGCUUGUUUCUCCAGAAGGCAAGCCCGAUGUGUCGAAGAAUGUUGUUUGUAUUCAUGAACAAGAUGAUGGGAUUUUAUGGAAGCAUACCAAUCUCAUAACUGGCCGAGCUGUCGUCGUGAGGAACAGGAAGUUGAUCAUCCAGUACAUCAUCACCCUUGGCAACUAUGAGUAUAUUUUCGCCUAUCAUUUUGAUCUCGCAGGAGGGUAGGUCUUCAUAUUCUGCACUUUCUACAAUCACUGACAAAGUAGUACUUAGUAUCUCCGUCGAAACAAGGCCUACAGGUAUCAUGUCACCAGUCAGCAUCGAGGAAAACAAAUUUUCGAAUUAUGGUAACGUUGUUGGAAAGGGAAUCCUGGCUCAAAAUCAUCAGCACAUUUUUGCCGUUCGUAUCGACCCAGCUAUAGACGGGCACAAUAAUACUGUGGUGACGCAAGAUUCCAUCCCAAUCCCCAUGAAUCCUGACACGAAUCCACACGGGAAUGCUUAUGAAGUUCGUACGACGACCGUGGAAACAUCGACGCACAUUGACGCCUCACCUUUCACAAAUCGAGUCAUUAAGAUAAGCAAUCCAUCUAUUAAAAACACAACUUCUGGAAAUCCCGUCGCCUACAAAUUUACUCCAUCCCCCAGUCAAUUGCUUCUGGCUGAUCCCAGUUCUCUUGCGGCAUCAAGGGCCAAAUUCGCGACCCACCAUGUCUGGGUAACCAAGCAUAAAGAUUACGAAUUCUGGGCGGGUGGCGAGUUCACAAAUCAAGCUGAGGUCGAGCGAGGCGGAUGCUUCGAUGCGGCUGCUCGCAACGAUGACAUCCAGAAUACAGAUCUAGUAGUGUGGGCUGUUUUUGGUUUCACUCACAAUCCCCGUGUAGAGGAUUGGCCUGUUAUGCCAGUGGAGAAACACGAGCUUCAUUUCACGCCUGCUGAUUUCUUCGAUGCAAACCCUGCAUUGGACGUUCCCAGUCAGCGCAAUUCUUCUUCUGUUUUGGUUGGCGGUGAGGUUUCUCUCAAUGGUUGUUCCUACGACAAUGACAGUUUCUUUUCAACUUGA